AUGCCGAAACGCAGCCGCGCCGCUGCUGCAGUCCCAGCGUCGGAGGAAAUGGCACCUCCGCCGAAAAGAACCCCCAUCCCAUUGCCUGCCACGAAUCGCUCCGGGCGAAGGUCCUUGGUGCGGAAUGCAGCGAUUGCAAGCACCAACCCCGAGGUCAACGAUGAAGUUAUUGACGGCCCCAAUGCCUUGCGGGCUUCGCCCGAUAGUACUGUUGACAGAAAGAUUGCGCCGUCGCUGGAUCAUGUCGGGUCAGAUUCACCGUUAUCCGAUGUCCCAGAUAUCAAGCCCGAGCCCAAGAAGCGCGGGAGAGGAAAGAAGGAUACCAGUGCCGCAGCCUUGGCAGAAACCCCGAUCGAGACGCCAAAGAAGGGGUCAUCUAAGGCCACAGGUGUAGACGAAGAGCCUUUUAUGUCCGAUCCGGAAGCGGAAGAGGAAGACUUUGCCGAUGAAGAGGAUAUCAAGAAAGCUAUUUCUAGGCCUCCGCCCGUGAACAGCGAUUACCUCCCAUUACCAUGGAAAGGCCGCUUAGGCUACGCUUGCCUAAACACCUAUUUGCGCAACGCUACUCCCCCUGUAUUCAGCUCUAGAACAUGCCGCAUUGCCUCCAUCCUUGACCAUCGCCAUCCAUUGAAGGACCCAAGUCAACCUGAACACUCGACCAAGAACAGGCCCGACAAGGAUCAGCCAGCAGACGUUCGGCGCGGCCAGGAGUUUGUAGAGAGUCUUGGACUGGCCAAUGCCCGUGAUAUCAUCAAGAUGGUGCGCUGGAACGAUAAGUACGGAAUCAAAUUCAUGCGGUUGAGUAGUGAGAUGUUUCCAUUUGCUAGCCAUGAAGAAUACGGGUACAAGCUGGCCCCCUUUGCAGCCGAGACUCUUGCAGAGGCGGGAAAGGUUAUAGCAGAGCUCGGGCACAGAGUCACUACACAUCCCGGACAGUUUACACAACUUGGCUCGCCCCGUAAGUCAGUCAUCGACAAUGCGAUCAGAGAUCUUGAGUACCACGAUGAGAUGCUCAGCUUGCUCAAGCUACCUCCGCAGCAGGACCGCGACGCAGUCAUGAUUCUGCACAUGGGUGGCACUUUUGGCGACAAGGCCGCAACUCUUGACCGCUUUAGGGAACACUACGCCAAACUCUCCCCUUCUAUCAAGAAUCGCCUCGUGCUCGAGAAUGACGACGUCAGCUGGACCGUCCACGAUUUGCUCCCAGUUUGUCAAGAGCUGAAUAUACCCAUGGUUCUCGACUUCCACCACCACAACAUCCUCUUCGACGCCGAGAAGAUCCGUGAAGGUACCCUCGAUAUCAUGAGUUUGUACCCUGAGAUCACAGCCACAUGGACUCGCAAGGGCAUCACGCAAAAGAUGCACUACUCCGAGCCCACCCCGGCAGCGAUCACCCCGAUGCAACGCCGCAAGCACAACCCUCGCCCGUUCACGCUGCCACCAUGUGCGAACGACAUGGACCUGAUGAUUGAGGCGAAGGACAAAGAGCAAGCCGUUUUCGAUCUGAUGCGCAACUUCAAGCUACCUGGCUGGGACUUAUUCAACGACAUCACCCCGCACGUCCGCCGCGAUGAGAAUAGGCCCAUACGCGCGCCCGCGAAGAAGAAGGCUACGCCCAAGAAGAAGACGGCCAAGAAAGAGGCUGAUGCUGAAGACGUUGUAGAAGCAGCUGCCGAGGAUACGGAAGUUGCGGCACCGCCACCUGUCGUUCCGGAGGAAGAAGUGGGCAUGGGCGGCCCGGACCGCCGCGUCUAUUGGCCCCCUGGUAUGGAGGAAUGGCUCCGGCCGGCCAAGAGAGUCGUGAAGAAAAAGGACGAUGGUGAGAAGGCAGCGCCAGCGAAAAAGAAAAAAGCUGCUAUCAACGCAACCGCCCCUAUUACCGGCGAGGAAGCAUCGGGGGAAACGGCUGGGAAUGCAUCGAAGAAGAAGCCUACACCGAAGAGAGCCGCUAGGUGGAAGGGGGCAAAGGCGGUUGAGAGCGUACCCACGCCGUCGACGUCGGAUGGUGAAGACGAACUGGCGGAGAUGCCGGAAUUGGACGAUGAGGAAGGGGAGGCUGUGGUGACAGGGAAAGGCCCGAGACGGGGCGCGCGGAAGAGUGGCAGAGCGGGGAGGAGCAAGGUGAAUUACAACGAGGAUAUGGCUGAAUAA